UGAACCUCAAUGUGAUCUGAGAUCAGUACGUGUCAGUACGCUUGUUUCGUGAGGGAGCACAUCCGACCCACCAUGACAUCCGCAGCUUUUUUUCCUGACUUCGCUAGAGGUUACUUUUGCCGUCAGAGUACGUUCCCUCUAGGCGAGCAAAAAGGACUCGACGAUGGUUUUCUCCGACUCGCCAGCGUUCACUUCGAACCGUUCAUUUUUCAAAACAGAUCCACAACCCAUGUAACCAUCGCAGGACCACUGGUCAUUACGCUCGAAGCGAUUAUGGCUGCCCUGAAGCUUCGGAAUGCGACCAUUGUGAGUUCGAGAUUGGAGCCGUACGGAGUUGAUAUGGGCAAUGGAACCCAUUCAGGUAUUUUGGGCCGGGUGCAAAGUGGGGAGGCACAUCUCAUCCUUAACGUAGCCAUAUGCGACGAAAAUCGUUUUACAUUUGUGGACCCUGUUAUCUUACUGAUAAGUGCUUAUCGGUUGCUGACAGCCAAAGCACGGAAGGUUAUCCACCCGUUCAACUUUCUCCGGGCAUUUCAGCCAGACGUGUGGUACAUCUUAUUUCCAAGCAUAAACGUGGCAGCCUGUUGUAUCUUUCUCCUUGAUCGAUACAUAGUGAAAGGGAGAUUUGGAACCUCACCUGCGACUCUAUCCGCUUAUAUCUGGAACUUCUGGAGACGAUUUUUUCCCCAAGACGAGUGCAGCACGUUUAGUUCCGUCAGUUGCUAG